UUAUUACACCUACCUCUGAAAAUUUAAUGCCAGUUAUUACACCUACUUCUGAAAAUUUAAUGUCAAAUCAAAGGCAUCUUCUUCUUUUUAACAUAAAUGAACCACUAGAAAUCCUCUUACAAGAAUUUGAUUAUGACUGGUGGCCUCUCAUCUCAAAUGUAUAG